AUGUUGAAAAAAUCAGCACAUCAAGAACUCUACCUAAAACCGCUCUUGUCUUAUAUAGUCGAUAGUUUUCGUGUCAAUACGUCGUAUAGUGGAUUUAACUUCAAGGAAGCCACCAGGAUCGAUGAAUUUGCUCUGGAUGUGUUCAAAUUCGAACAUGAGAAGACAAGGACAUUGUAUUAUCACGUUCACAAGGCUGAUGCAUCCAAUAACGUGUUUUGUGUCGCCUUCAAAACUCCACCAUCAAACAGUACUGGUGUACCUCACAUCCUAGAACACACCGUGCUUUGUGGUUCGGCCAAGUAUCCCGUCAGAGAUCCAUUCUUCAAGAUGUUGAAUCGCUCAUUGUCAACGUACAUGAAUGCUUUAACUGGAAGUGAUAUCACCAUGUAUCCAUUCUCGUCUGAGAAUGAACAAGAUUAUCGCAACUUGAUGUCGGUGUACAUGGACUCUGUAUUUCGUCCUAAGCUCGACGAGUUAUCAUUCAAACAAGAGGGCUGGAGACUAGAGCACUCAAAUCCAAGAGAUGCUUCUUCACCACUCAUAUUCAAAGGCGUCGUCUACAAUGAAAUGAAGGGCGCACUAUCCAAUCCAGGCGAUCUCUUCCUGACACGACUACAACAACAGCUAUACCCCAAUUCAACUUAUGGAUACGUCUCUGGAGGCGAUCCAGUAAACAUACCUGACUUGACGUGGCAUUCUCUUAAAGACUUCCACGCUCAAUGCUAUCACCCAUCGAACGCAUGCUUUGUAACAUAUGGAAACUUUUCGUUGGACAAGCAUCUGGAAAUGAUUGAUUCCAAUAUUCGUGAUUUCAGUGUAUCGAAGGCUCUAGAUGCGCCCAGAGUAGAGAAGUGGAGUGCGCCAAAGAAUGUUGUUGAAUACGGACCACUUGAUCCCAUGCUUGAUCCCGAAAAGCAGACCAAAAUGGCAAUCUCAUUCUUGGCCAAUAAGAGCACUGAGGUGUAUGAAGCCAUUGCCUUGCGAGUGUUAACUUCGCUCUUAAUUGAUGGGGCUGCUUCACCAAUGUAUCAAGCACUGAUUGAUUCUCAACUGGGAUCAGAUUACAGUCCUUCAACAGGAUAUGACCGAACUGCUACCACCACGAAUCUCAGUUUUGGUUUGCAGGGCAUGAAGAAGUCGGAUGUUGAACAGGUGCAGGAAAAGAUUCGAAACGUGCUGAAAAGUGCGAGAGAUACGGGAUUUAAGGCUGAGAGAGUGGAUGCUAUUGUGCAUGAGAUGGAGUUGUCUCUGAAGCAUAGACAAGCCAACUUUGGAAUGAUGAUUGCUCAAUCAAUGUCUAGUCAUUUUGCACAUGGAGGUGAUCCAGUUGAAUCAUUAGAAGUCAACAAGCACAUUAAGCGUCUAAAAGAAGAGAUUGCAACGACAGAUCUGUUACCUCGCCUGAUUGAUCAAUAUUGCAUAACUAAUCCACAUCAACUGACCUAUGUCAUGCAUGCCGAAGAAGAGUAUUAUGACAAAUUGGCCAAGAAGGAGACUGAUCUGUUGAGCAGCAAAGUUGCCGGUUUGAGUGAUUGGGAACGUAGAAAGGCAUUUGAAGAUGGAGCUCGACUCAUUAAGACACAGGAUGAGAAAGAAGAUCUAUCCGUUCUGCCAACUCUGUCGAUAGAACAAGUGAUGGCCACAGAGCCUAAACAGUAUACAGUGUCGGAUGUGCCACUCGGAGCUGGUGCAGUAACAGCUCAAAUCAGAGAAACUGACACGAAUGGUGUGUCGUACGUUACUCUAUCUAGAGAUUUGAGUGGACUAGACCCUGAUCUCGUCAAAUAUUUACCACUGUAUUGCUCUACCUUGACAUCUCUCGGCACGACAACAAGUCCAUUACCAGUACUGUCUGAGAAAAUACGAGGCCAGACAGGUGGCAUCAGUGUCUCUUCCCUCGCAUCGUCCUCUCCAUUUACACUAGACCAAACGGGCAUGUCACUACACAUCACUUCCUCCUCGCUUACACAUAAUAUCGACAACAUGUAUAAAAUACUACAGGAGGUGAUUACUCAACCUGACUUCUCACAGCAUGAGAGACUAGAGGUGGCACUGAAGGGUAUGGCCAACGAUUAUGCUUCAUCAGUGGCUGAUUCCGGUCAUGUGCUGGCAAUCGCUGCUGCCAAUGCUUCGACAAACAAGGCUGCGUUCAUAAGUGAGCAGCUUGAAGGGCUGACGCAAGUUGCACUGUUGAAUCAGUUGUCUGCUGGAUUUGAUGCAGGCCAAGUUACGGAGAAGCUCAAGGCUAUCCAUGAAUACAUAUUGGAUUCAGGUGCAGCUCGAUGCUCUGUCGUCUGCGAAUCAUCAACCAGGAAUCAACACGAAACCCAGUUGUCGAGUUUGUUGGAUCAAGUAUCAUGGACUAGAGCUAUUGAUCCAUUCAACGAUAGGGAAGCAAUGAAACCAAACUUUGAACAAACCCAAUACCAAUUCAGCUUCCCUAUAAACUUUUGUGCUCGAAGCUUCGUAGCAGUACCAUACGCACACAACGACUCUGCCGCCCUAGCUAUAUACUGUCAACUAGCAACACACCACUUCCUCCACCAAGCCAUCCGUGAAAAGGGUGGCGCUUAUGGAGCAGGAGCUAGAUACUCGGCACUGAACGGAAACAUAUCCUUCUUCUCAUAUCGAGAUCCAAAUUCGAGUGCUACAUUAGACGCUUAUACUGCUCUUGCUGAAUGGAGUAAGGAUAUAGUGUCCAGGUUUGGAGAACAGGAGUUACAUGAAGCUAAAUUGGGUGUACUCAAGACUCUUGAUGCGCCGUUGAGUGCUUCUGAGGAAGGGAUGUCGAGGUUUAGAUAUGGGUUGUCUGAUGAUAUUCGAUUAGCACGACGCCACGCAGUACUGUCAACCACACUAGAUGAUGUGGAACGAGUCGCAAAUCAGUAUAUUGUCGGCAAGCCUCACAGUGAUGCCAUUAUUGGAUCUGCUGAACCUUUAGAAGGGUUCAAAGUCAUUCCAUUCCAACUUUGA